AAAAAGCAUAAAAUUUGAACAAUAAUAUAAAAUUUUGAAUUCUCAAUGGUAAGUUGGAAUAAAAUUCAGCCAUAUCCUUUUAGAGUAAAGAAGAACUACUUAAGCCAGCAGAAACUAGCAAGACAAGAAAGGGAAGUCUUGGGGAGAAGAAGACCACCAAGGAACCUCAGAGUUUACUUCAAAAACUUGCAGGUGAUAGCCACCGAUCACAACACUUGUUUCUCAAAUCAAAAAUUCCAAAAGCAGGAGAUGGUAAAAACACCUCUUUCAGAAGUGCAGGAAACUCAAAAAGUAAAUUUGAUCCCAAAACUACUGAGGAAAGGCAAAAUAUUACAGAAAAUUUAGCUAAAAACAAGUAUAAGCUUAUAUCAUCAAUAGGUUAAUUUAUUUAAAAGCAGCAGGAGAUAGCAAAUUCGAAAAUAAACAAGAUAGUAAUACCUCGGAUGACAACGUUGAAGCGGAGUCUAAAUAAAGAAUCAUACAUGUCCUCAGGAAUGGGCAUCAUUGACGAGGAAAGUAAAGUUUCAUCCCCCAAGAAGCCAAAUAAUGUUCCAAUGCUGAACUUGAACUUCUCUACUAAUGAAAAUGAAAGUGACUUAUUAGACCAAAAAGCGAGGAAAGGUUUACUGAUGAACAAAGAAUCGGUAUAAAAGAAUCGAGAAUAGAUAAGUCAAUAGAACAACAUAUGCAUAAAGGCAUCCAGCAAAAGAGACAAGCCUCUCCAAGAGCUAGACCAAGAGAGAGCAAGGUCAUCUAUAAGACAUCAGGAACUGGAGUGAUGAGGUCUCCUAGAGGAAUCUACAAGUCUUUAGGGAUCAACAAGCCCAACCAACCUGAAUUUCGCAAACCCUCUGAAGGCAAUAAGUUUGGGAUAACUACUAAUAUGACCAAGGUUUUCAAAGCUGUCAAUGAGGUCAAUAAGUCUGACCCUAAAGGGUACAAAUUUCCCACCUUAAGUCCUAAAAUAAUUAAGAGUGAUAUGGCAACACAAUUUCCUGAGAUUACUACAGCUCAAAAAGAGACAUCUACCAAUGAGCCUCCGCUAAUAAUUACUCAGUUCCUUAAGGAAGCUGGAGGCUAUGAGCCCUUGACUAAAAUACCUAAACUCAGCACAGAAAUCCAAGAACUUACUCAAAGAGUCAGUAAGUUAGAAGAAAUGGUUGCUGUCAAAAAUGAGGAGUUAAACACUCGGCUUGAAAGCUGCCUCCAGGAAGCCAGAGACACAACAAAAAUCACAACUAUGUGUAAUGAAAUUAAUGCUAAAAAUCUACAAAAUCAGAAUAAACAGCAGGCUUUGACCAACAUUUUUAAAAAUAUCAAAUAAGGCAGGAACAAGAAUUGGCAUGAAGAAUAUGAAAGCUGCUUAUGAGAAUAGCUUUACUGACCCAACUAGAGCAAUCGAGAAGAAAGUCUCUGAAGUCGCAUUUAAGAUGAUCAUCAAACAGAUCAACAAAGAUAUUAUCUCAAUCAGGGACAUUCAAGGCAAAUCUAACCCUGGAUAAUCUUUAGAGAAACUAUCCAAAACCACAGUGUCGAAGCAAGA